AUGAAGGCUUGCAGAACCGUCACCCAAGCCCGCGCGUCUCUUACAGCGCAGAGAUGCUCCUCCUCCGCCGCACGCCAGCAAUGGCGUCGCCAUGCCAGCGGAGGCCCUCGCCGUCCGGGGCAGAAGUCUCUACUCGGGAAGCUCGUCCCAUUGGCUCUCACGGCGGGAGUCGGUGGUGGUCUCUACUACCUGGACGACUCGAUGAACGGCCCCAUCAAGCAGCUGCUCAGCGGCGAGAGUAAGGACGCCGAUGCCCGCAAGCCAAAGUACCAGCAAGCAGAGAUCGAGUUUGAGAAGUCGAGGAAGCAGUCGCAGUCCGGAUCCAAGGAGGAGAACCGCGACCUCAUCAGCUCUCAGCACCUCCAGGUCAAGAAGAGCUGGGAGAACCCCGGCGUCUACGCCUGGGGCUCCAACGUGGGCAAGGUCAUCGACCCCAAGGCCAAGGAGAGCGUCGUCAAGCUCCCGCGGAGGAUUCCUUACUUUGACGGGAAGCUGUUGAGGGAUCUUAAGCUGACACAGGAUUUCGGCGCUGCCGUUACGGAAAAGGGCGACAUUGUGCAGUGGGGACUGGGCUUUUCAAAGACGGACCCCUCACCUGUCGAGACGCUCAAGGGCAAGGACAUUUCCAAGAUUACAGUUUCCAGCGACCGCAUCAUCGCUCUCUCAGCAAAUGGAUCGGUAUACUCACUCCCGGCGGCCCGCAAUGACCAAGAGUCCGGCGCCAAGCUGGAGCCGCAGUCAAAGUCGUCGUCCUGGAUCCCCUUCUGGAGCUCCAGCGGCCCCGAGACCGUCAACUUCAGAAUCCUGACGCCAAAGUCGCUCAGCCGCGGUGAGAAGGUCACGGACGUCAAGAGCGGUCUGCAGCACUGCCUGCUGCUGACGUCCAAGGGACGUGUCUUCUCCGCCGCCGCCAGCACCUCCGAGUUCCCGUCCAACGGCCAGAUGGGCAUCCCCGGCCUCAGCUGGACAUCCCGCCCCGCCGGCCCGUACGACCAGGCGCACGAAAUCACCGGCCUGUCCGGGUUCAAGAUCGCCAAGAUCGCCGCCGGCGACCUCCACUCUGCGGCCCUGGACAAGGACGGCAAGCUCUUCACCUUUGGCGACAACACCUACGGCCAGCUCGGACUGCCCGCAGAGGCCAUCUACCAGAGGAUCGACGUGCCCUCCCUCCUGCCCACCGCCAAGCUCUACGCCAACAGCGGCAUGAUCCCCAAGAUCACCUCCGUCGCCGCCGGCGGCAUGAACACCUUCUUCACCGUCGACGCCGCGGAAGCCGGUGGCAUCCAGACCACCGCCACCACCGGCGACCUCGCUCCGGCGCGCCGCAUGCCCCGCAUCGCAGCCGACCUCUGGGCCUGCGGUCAGGGCGUCUACGGCUCCCUCGGCACGGGCAAGUGGACGCACGUCACGCCGGGCCCGGCCAAGGUCAAGGCGCUCUCCUCGCUCUUCGAGUUCGACGAGCAGGCGAACCGCAUGUGCCCGAUCCGGCUGCACAACAUCUCGGUCGGCAGCACGCACGUGUCGGCGACGAUGGACAACGUCACGCGCGUGGGCGCCGGGGCGCGCGGCUCCGAGAACGACACCAACUGGGGCGCCGACGUGCUCUUCUGGGGCGGCAACGAGCACUACCAGCUCGGCACGGGCAAGCGCAACAACCUCAACGCGCCGGGCUACAUCGGCGCGCUGGACGGCGGCGCGGGCGACGCGCUCAUGGGCCGCGGCGGCGAGACGCACCGGUUCCAGCUGACGCCCCGGCAGACGGUGCGCCUGGGCGAGGACGGCAAGGGCAGGAAGGUGAGCUUGGAGCAGCGGGUGGAGUGUGGGCGGUUCGUGACGGCCGUGUACUCGGGCGUGUAA